UUGUCUGCUUCAGGCCGGUACUGCUCGGUUCGAACACCGACGUGCUGCGAACAUAGAAAUGACGAUUGCACAGCACCGAUUCUUGGCAAUCACCUUUGCUAUUGUGAUAUGUUCUGUGAUCGUGGACCGGACGGAGGCAAUGAUUGCUGUCCAGACUUCGAGGCAACAUGCCGUGGAAUACAGAACGAUUACCAAGCAGAUCUGAAUGGGCAAGAAUGCGUUUCGGACGGGAUUCGAUAUCACGACGGCGAUCGGAUCGAGCAGAAUUGUAGAUCUUGUUCAUGUAUGAAUGGCUUCUGGAAGUGCGACGAAGCCACUUGCCUGAUACCAAGAAGACCUUCUGGAGAAAAUGGUCCGCGAGGAAUUACUCAUUCUUCUGGGGACGCAGUCUCGAUGAGGGUAUCAAAUACCGCCUCCACCGGCACUUGUUUCCGGCAAUCCGCUGCAGAACAUGAACGACGAUCGUCGAUGUGGCCUGGACUAAUCCAUGAGGUGAGGGAUCAGGGAGAUUGCGGAAGCAGUUGGGCUGUUUCAACGACCACAAUCUCUUCCGAUAGGCUAGCUAUCAUUUCUGAUGGACGAAUCAAUGUCACGGUUUCUCCGCAGCAGCUUCUAUCAUGCAAUCAACAUCGCCAACGAGGUUGUGAAGGCGGCUAUCUGGAUAGGGCCUGGUGGUACAUCCGCAAACUAGGUGUAGUCGACGAGACGUGUUAUCCAUACGAGUCGGGCCAUACGCGUGAACCAGGCGAUUGCCGUAUCCCGAAACGAAGUUAUAAGGAAGGCAACGGUUUGACGUGUCCGGCUCAUCCUUCACUUGACAGUACAGCCUAUAAAAUGACGCCACCCUACCGGGUUUCUAGCAGGUGA